AUGGCUUCUUGCGAUCAUUGUCGGAGGAGGCGGAUUCGGGCAUUAAUAGCUUUAGCUGAGGAAGCUUCAUGUUGUUGGUGCUGUGUUCUCGCGUUGGUAACCCUACUGCUGUUACUAAACUGUUUCAACGAAGCUUGUACGAUAACGAACGGUGGCGAUGAUGAGGAUAUUCAUGUCAAAGGGAUGAGUUCGGUGCCGCUCUUGGACCGAGCCUGUGAUGAAAUCUACGUUGUAGGAGAAGGUGAAACGCUUAACUCCAUCAUCGAUAAAUGUGGUGAUCCAUCUAUAGUGGACCACAACCCUCACAUUCAUGACCCGGACGAUGUUUUUCCCGGGUUUGUUAUUAAGGUCAAACCUAGGAAAUCAUUGAAUUAG